AUGGUCGCACGUUCACUCUUCGGUCUAGUCUCCUCUGCCCUGUUAGUGCUUGCACAGUUUAGCAGCGUAUGCUGUGCGCCCGCAGCGCACGAAGGACGCAAUGACAAUGCUCGAGACAUAUCGGCUCGCUCGGUCCCUGCUGCUCCCUACUGGGUUGCAUACUGGGAUGCGUACACUUCUGGUGUAACGGGUGCACCUUCCGUCUCUGCCCUUGAUGGCUACAAUGUUUUCAUCCUCGCCUUCCUCCUCCUUGAGGGCGCAUGGGAUAAUGCUGAAGCGUGGACCGAGUUGACUGCCUCACAGCGUUCUACCAUCUUAUCCGAGUACUCGGCGGCGGGUAUCUCGUUGAUCGUCAGUUGCUUUGGUUCCACCGAUACUCCGACCACCACCGGUGCUGAUCCCACGUCAACUGCCAAUACGUUCGCGGCAUGGGUGAUCGAGUAUGGUCUCGAUGGUAUCGACGUGGAUUACGAGGAUUUUGACGCGUUUGACGCUGGAACGGCCGAAGCAUGGCUCGUAACAUUCACACAGCAGCUGCGGACUCAACUUCCGGAAGGCGAAUAUAUCCUCACCCAUGCCCCUGUUGCUCCAUGGUUCUCACCCAGUAUCUGGACCAACGGAGGCUAUCUUCAGGUCAACUCGGAAGUCGGUAGCCUCAUUGACUGGUACAACGUUCAGUUCUAUAACCAGGGAGCAACCGAAUAUACGACCUGUUCGGGCCUCCUUGACGCAUCCAGUUCCACCUGGCCCGAAUCUGCCCUAUUCCAGAUCAUCGCCAACGGCGUGACGGCGGACAAACUGGUCAUCGGUAAACCCGCAACAACGGGGGAUGCAAGCAGUGGCUACAUGGCCCCUGCCACGUUAGCUACGUGUGUGGAAACGGCACAGUCCAACGGCUGGGGUGCUGGGGUGAUGGUUUGGGAGUAUCCUGACGCGCCCUCAUCGUGGAUUGACACCGUUCGUGCCGACUCUUGGCCUGUUUGA